AUGGCCAAAUAUCCUUCCCCUCUCAUUGGAUACGAAAAUUCUCCACCUCUACCGACUGGCGUCAACCCAGACGGCAAAUCGCUGACAAACGACAUACUGAAGGAUGAGCAGGGCAAGCCGGUACUCAGCAAGGCAUACGACGAAUUCGUGGAUCCAAUUGACAAGAAGAACAAUGGAUUCGACUUUCAUAUCUAUUAUAUGCAACACGCCCCGGACGAGAUUGAGUAUGCCAGGAAGCUGCACGAAAGAAUCAGGAGAGAGUUUCCAGAGAUGAGAAUCUAUCGAUUCUGGGAGCGACCUGUGGGACCCCAUCCUGUUUCAAUGUUCGAAGUGAAUACUUUCACGCCUCACAUGACGGGAACGUUGUUCUCUUGGCUAGCAGUUAAUCGGGGACCUUGCUCUGUUCUCAUCCAUCCCAAUACUGGAGACGAGUACCGUGAUCAUACAGAGCUUGUAACCUGGAUGGGUAGGCCCUGGCCAUUGAAUACCGAUUUUCUGAACCGCCAUUGA